AUGGAUGAAACUCAAUUUACUGAUAAUGCAUUGAAAAUAAUUAACAAUGCAACAAAUUUGGCUAAAGAGAAUUCACAUAGUCAAUUAUUACCAUUGCACUUUUUAGCUGCUAUGGUACCAACUGACGAUGAAAACUCCAUUCCAUAUUUGAAAACCUUAAUCCAGAAGGCAAGAUAUGAAUGGGGGGAUUUCGAAAGAAUUGUUAAUAGACAUUUGGUAAGAUUACCAAGUCAAACUCCUGCUCCAGAAGAUAUAAGACCAAGUUAUGCUACAGGACAAGUUUUAACUAAUGCUACCAAAAUCAAAGCUCAACAAAAGGAUAAUUAUAUUGCUCAAGAUCAUAUCUUCUUAGCCUUAUUAGAAGACCAAUCAGUUAAGGACAUUUUGAAAGAAUGUGGAAUUAAACCCGACGUUUUGAAAACUCAAGCCAUUGAGUUGAGAGGUAACCAAAGAAUUGAUUCCAGACAAGCUGAUUCUUCAAACAGUUAUGAAUUUUUAAACAAAUACUGUGAAGAUUUAACAGAGAAGGCAAGAGAAGGUAAGAUUGAUCCAGUUAUUGGAAGAGAAGAAGAAAUAAGAAGAGUUAUCAGGGUUUUAGCCAGAAGAACAAAAUCUAAUUCUGUUUUGAUUGGUGAAGCCGGUGUUGGUAAAACUUCUAUUGUUGAAGGGGUUGCCCAAAGAAUCAUUGAUGGUGAUGUCCCUAAUGUUUUAGCAAACUCAAGAUUAUUCGCCUUAGAUUUAGGUGCUUUAACUGCCGGUGCUAAAUAUAAAGGGGAAUUUGAAGAAAGAAUCAAAGGGGUUUUGAAUGAAAUCGAGAAAUCUAAUGAAAUGAUUAUUUUAUUCAUUGAUGAAAUCCACAUGUUAAUGGGUGACGGUAAAUCAGAUGCUGCUAAUUUAUUGAAACCUAUGUUAGCUAGAGGUUCUUUACAUUGUAUUGGUGCUACCACUUUUGCUGAAUAUAGAAAGUUCAUUUCCAAAGACGGUGCUUUUGAAAGAAGAUUUCAAAAAAUUGAUGUACCAGCAACCAAUAUCAAUGAAACUGUGGCCAUCUUAAGAGGUUUACAACCAAGAUAUGAAAUUCAUCAUGGGGUAAGAAUCUUGGAUAGUGCUUUGGUUACUGCUGCUCAAUUAGCUUCUAGAUAUUUAACUUAUAGAAGUUUACCUGAUUCAGCAGUUGAUUUAAUUGAUGAAACUGCUGCUACCGUAGCGGUUGCAAGAGAUUCUAAACCUGAAGAAUUGGAUAACUUGGAAAGACAAUUGCAUUUAGUCGAGGUUGAAAUCAAUGCUUUAGAAAGGGACGUUGAAACUGACGAAGACUCUAAAGAUAGAUUAAGCCUUGCAAGAAGAAAGAAAGAAGAAUUGGAGGAAAAAUUAGCUCCUUUAAGAGAAAGAUUCAACCAAGAACGUGCAGGUCAUGAACAAUUAAUUGCUGCCAAACGUAAGUUGGACGAAUUAGAAAUCAAAGCUCAAGAUGCUGAAAGAAGACAUGACACUGCUACUGCUGCUGAUUUAAGAUAUUUUGCUAUUCCUGAUAUUGAAAAACAAAUACAAGAAUUAGAAAUCAAAGUUCAAGAAGAGGAACAAACUGCUGGUCCCGAUGCAUUAUUAAGAAAUGUUGUUGGUACUGAACAAGUUGCUGAAACUGCUGCCAGAUUGACUGGUAUCCCAGUGACUAAAUUAACCCAAGCUGAAAAUUCCAAAUUGAUUAAUAUGGAAAAAGAAUUAAGUUCAGCUGUUGUCGGACAAUCAGAUGCAGUGAAAGCUGUAUCUAAUGCCAUUAGAUUACAAAGAUCAGGGUUAGCUAAUCCAAGUCAACCAGCAUCAUUCUUAUUCUUAGGUUUAUCAGGUUCAGGUAAAACAGAAUUAGCAAAGAAAGUUGCAGGAUUUUUGUUUGCCGAUGAAAAAGCCAUGGUUAGAAUCGAUUGUUCGGAAUUAGGUGAUAAAUGGUCAGCAUCCAAGUUAUUAGGAGCAGCUCCUGGUUAUGUUGGUUAUGAAGAAGGUGGUAUUUUGACUGAACCUUUAUUAAGACGUCCAUAUACCGUUAUAUUAUUUGAUGAAGUUGAAAAAGCAGCACCUGAAGUUUUAACCGUUUUAUUACAAAUGUUAGAUGAUGGAAGAAUUACUUCAUCUCAAGGUAAAUUAGUUAACUGUUCCAAUGCUAUUGUCAUUAUGACAUCAAAUUUAGGAGCAGAAUAUAUUAAUGCUGCCAAAGGUUCAAAAGUCGAUAGCACUACUAAAGAAUUGGUAAUGAAUUCUGUUAGACUGCAUUUCAGACCUGAAUUCUUAAACAGAAUUUCAAGUACUGUUAUCUUCAACAGAUUAUCCAAGAAAGCAAUUGGUAAGAUUGUUAAGAUCAGAUUGGAAGAAAUUCAACAAAGGUUUGCUGCUAAUGGUAAGCAAUUGACUUUAGAAGUAGAUGAUGGUGCUUUAGAAUAUUUAUGCAAAAAUGGUUAUUCAUCUGAUUUAGGUGCUAGACCAUUAAACAGAUUGAUCCAAAAUGAAAUCUUGAAUCGUUUAGCAGUAUACUUGUUGAAAGGUCAAAUCAAAGACAAAGAAACUGCUCAUAUAAUUUUAGGAUCUAAAGGUUUAGAAAUCUUACCUAAUCAUGAAGUUGAGGACGUUGAAAUGGCUGACGUGGACGUUGAUGAUUGGCAGGAUUCUGAUGAUGAUGACGAUGAAAUCGCAUCUACUCCAAUAGAUUAA